AUGGCUGUUCUUGCGGAAAAAGCGCUGACUUUCCUACGUGUUCACGCGUUCAGCUUCCUGAUGGUCACGUAUGGCCUGUUUAUCAUCAUGGGCGCUGUUGUUUUGAUGGUACUGGAGCAACCUGAGGAGAAUUUGCUGGUUCAAGAAGUGCGUGAACUGAAAGCUCGUUUUCUGGCGGAUAACCCGUGUGUUGAGGAGCGAAGUUUGGAUGGUUUGUUAAUGGACGUACUUUCUGCGAGUAAACGCGGCGUGGCUGCACUGCAAGCAGAAAAUGACGAGUGUAAUUUCGACUUUACGUCGUCGCUGUUUUUCGUCAUUACCUUCCUCACGACCACAGGUUAUGGCACCACCGUGCCCCUUUCAGAUGAGGGCCGCAUGUUCUGUGUGGUUUACUGUCUCGUGGGCAUCCCUUUCACCAUGCUACUGCUGUCCUGCCUCACUCAUGCCCUUCUGCCCCGAGUAACACACACCCCUAUCCAGAACUUGCAGCUGUUCUGGGGUAUGUCUCGUAGCCAUGCUGCCCUCCUGCACUGCAGCGUUCUUGGCUUCUGCACAGCCGCGCUCUUCUUCCUGCUGCCCGCAGCUGCUCUCUGCCUCCUGGAGGACAACUGGAGCUACCUGGAGUCGCUGUUUUGUUUUAUCUCACUGAGCACGACUGGACUUGGUGACUACCUUCCUGGCAGAAUACAAAACCAAGCAGCGCGGCAGGGUCUGGAGUUCAUCACCUCCUGUUAUCUGUUGCUCGGGCUGAUUGUGUUGCUUGUGGUUCUGGAAAGCUUCUGGGAGCUGCAGCAGUUUCAGGCUGUCCUGCGUUUCUUCUCUGGCCCGCGACACAGAGAGCUGAAGGGACUGGGUUUGGAUGAGCUCGUGCUCAGCGGAGACAUGGCAGGUUCAGAGGAGGAAUCUCAAUACACCCUUCCAAUAUCCACCAUCUCCCCUACUUUCUCAGACUCACCUGCCACUCCGACAAUAGAGCAGCUCCCAGUCUUUGGCCUGCCGUCCAUACCAGCCUCCAAAGAUUAUGACCACUCCUCACUAUGGCCAAACCCCACCUCAGAUCUGUGUCAGUCUACAUCCUGUAACUGAUAUAAAGAAACUGGACCACGUAAGAAGAUCUAAUGUUAUCCAACAACAGCA